GCAAGCUGUCCACACUGCUACACAGCAGGCCAUGCUGGAAUACCGGGACGAUGAGGACGAGAGCAACACCCUGGUGCUCACCGUGGAUGCGCUUGGACGGGACUUCGCAUCGCUAGUUCAAGAAAUGAAGAUGGCCGACAUCCGGGCCAGUGCUGCGGUGGCCUUGUUUCCGCAGCUGGAUCCUCUGCCGGGCGAGGCAGCGCUGGAUCAACUGGUGGACUUGCAGAGACGACACAGCGUGCUGCGGAACAUUCUGCGGCUGGCCGUGGAAGAUCUCCCCAGCAGCCCACCACAGGUCAAGCCCCGCGUACCGAAUGGGCAGCCAGCGGCGCAAGCCGAACCGCUGUUGUCAAUGCUCUCCCCAACCGACACGCCAAGGCGACCUCAGACGCUGCCUCCCCUGGAGGCCCGCGGUCGCCCGGAGGGUCCAGCUCGCUUGGGACGCUCUCAAAGCCGCGGGCGAACACUGAGCCGGGCGAGUAGCCAGGGCCGCCUCAGCCGAGCUGGCAGUCGAGGGAGCCACGCAAGCCACGCUAGCCGCACCAAUCGCAUCAGCCGCACGAGCAGCCGGGCACGCAGCGUCGAAGCACAACGGCUGCCGAAGCGGUCUGGCAGUGUGCAGUCUCUGCAAUCAAGGAUCAGCGACCUCGGGCGUGGCAAGCAAGAGCCACCACAGGCCCAGAGCGACUCUGCAGAUGUCGUGCAGGUUCGCAUGAACCCUGGGCCCGCAGCUGUGGGAUACCGGGACCUCUCCUUGGAUGAGAUGCGAGCCGAGAUCGAGGCUGAGCGCAAGAG